GAUCACCCAUCCAUAAGUAGCGUCCUCUACUGGUCAAAAAUUGUUCCAAGAUCCUGGAGAUCAAGUGAGUAGAAGUAGGCAACCGAUAACGUAAGCAACUGUCACCGCUUUUACUUAUUUGUGAAAAAAGUUUCUCCUGAGAUAAAUUUUAUUAAAAUAUACUAUCUUACUAAUACCGAAGAGCAGUUUAAUCAACCUUAUUUGUGUGAAGAAAAGUGUAAUGAAAUUUUUUUUGAUUUGCCCCCACUUGGAUCAAAUUUAGAAGCCAUAAACCUUUUAAAGAGUGGAUUGAAGUCUUCAUUUUGCAACAUAUUUUCUGACUGUUUUUUUUUAGAGAUUCACACUGUUGAAACACCUUAUUCAUGCAGUAUGAGCGAAAACACUUUUUCCCAGAAAGCUAAACUUAUUGAACACAGUGUUUUUCCUCCUGUAAGUAAACCUUAUUCUUGUAAUAUAUGUAACAAGAGUUUUUCAGCGAAAGGUAAUCUGACAAAUCACAUUCAUAUUCAUACAAGUGAGAAGCCUUAUUCUUGUAGUAUAUGUAAUAAGAGUUUUUCACAAAAAAGUCAUCUGUCACGCCACUGUCUCGUUCAUACUGGUGAGAAGCCUUAUUCUUGUAGCAUAUGUAAUCAAAAUUUUUCAUUAAAAGCAAAUUUGACCAAACACAGUCGUGUUCAUACUAGUGAGAAGCCUUAUUCUUGUAAUAUAUGUAACAAGAGUUUUUCAUUUAAAAUUUAUCUGAAAAAACACAUUGGUGUGCAUACUGGUGAGAAGCCUUAUUCUUGUAGUAUAUGUAAUAAAAGUUUUUCUCGAAAAAGUAAUCUGACAAAACACAUUCGUGAUCAUAUUGGUGAGAAGUCUCAUUCUUGUAGUAUGAGUAAUAAGAGUUUUUCACAAAAAAGUGAUCUGACCGAACACAGUCGUGCUAAUAAUGGUGAGAAUUCUUAUUCAUGUAAUAUAUGUAAUAAGAGUUUCUCCCACAAUAGUAAUUUGAUUGCACACAGUCGGACUCAUACUGGUGAGAAACCCUAUUCUUGUAGUGUAUGUAAUAAGAGCUUUGCAUUUAGAGGUAAUUUGACUAAACAUUAUCUUCUUCAUACUGGUGAGAAACCUUAUUCUUGUUGUACAUGUAAUAAGAGUUUCUCACUAAAAGGUACUCUGACUAGACAUAGUCGUGUUCAUACUGGUGAGAAAAAUUUUAAAUGUAGUAUAUGUCAUGAGAGUUUCACAAAUAGAAAUAAUUUGUCUCAACACCGUCGUGUUCAUGCUGGUGAGAAGCCUUAUUCUUGUAGUAUAUGUAACAAGAGUUUUCCGCUUAUGCAUCAUUUGAUUAUACACAGUCGGAUUCAUACUGGUGAGAAACCUUAUAGUUGUAGUAUAUGUCAAAAGAGUUUUUCAAGACAAAAUGCUCUGUAUAAACACAGGCGUGUGCAUACUGGUGAGAAACCUUUUUCUUGUAGUGUAUGUAAAAAGAGUUUUUUAAGGAAUAGUGAUCUAACUAAACAUAGUCACAUUCAUACUGAUGAGAAACGUUAUUCAUGUAGCAUAUGUAAGAAAGAUUUUCCAGUAAUGCGUGAUUUAAUUAGACACUAUGUCAUUCAUACUGGUGAGAAACCUUAUACUUGUAGUAUAUGUCAAAAGAGUUUUUCAAGACAGAAUGUUCUGUAUAAACACAGUCGUGUUCAUACAGGUGAAAAAACUUUUUCUUGUAGUAUAUGUAAUAAGAGUUUUUCAAGUAAUGGUGAUCUAACAAAGCAUAGUCGCAUUCAUACUGAUGAGAAACGUUAUUCGUGUAGCGUAUGUAAGAAAGGUUUUCCAGUAAAACUUAAUUUAAUUAGACAUUAUCUCAUUCAUAUUGGUGAGAAAACUUACAAUUGUAGUACAUGUCAAAAAAGUUUUUCAAGCAAGGAUGUUCUGAAUGAGCACAGUUGUGUUCAUGAAGAAAACCUUUUCCAGUGAGAAACCUUUUUCAUGCAAUUUUUCUAAUAAGGUUUUUUCAAGGAAGGAUGAUCUAAAUAAGAACAAUUUAGCCCAUGGAAUUUAGAACUCAUAUUCUUGUUUAUGUAAAUUGUUUUCUCCAUUUAAGGUCUAUCUAAUUAAUCAUAGUAUUAUUCAUACUGGUGAAAAACCUCAUACUUUUAAUAUAUUUAAAAAGAGUUUUUUAUUUUUCAAAAAUUGACUUAGCUGUUUGUGUUCUCACUUGUGAGAAACCUUUUUGUAGCCAAAUGGAAUAAGAGAUUUUCUCAGAAAUAUCUUCUGUCUAAGUACAGUAUAAUUCUUACAAGUGAUGCACUGUAUUUUUGAAGUAUGUGAUAAAAUAGUUUUUUUUUUGUAGCAAUAGUAAUCUAAAUGUUUGCAUUUAUGUUCAUAUUGUUUUUAAAAUCAUAUUCUUGUAAAUAGUAUGUGUAAUAAUUUUUUUUAAACAAGAGCUAAUUUAACUGACCAUAUUUGUAUUGAUCUGAUGAGAUAUCUUAUUCUUAUCGUAUAUGUCAAAAGAGAUUGCAGAUAAUUGCUAUGCAUUGUGUAAGUUAUGCAUUCUUGUAGUAAGUUUUCACUUUAAAAUAACAGAGGAAAAACUCCACUGGGGUUAAACCUCCUUCUAGCAUUAAAAGUAAAAGUUUUUCACAGAAGUGUCUUUUGAUUAAACACAGUCUAACGAAAUUAAAUAAUUAUUUUCUUUUCAAACAGUUUUAAACUUUUAUGUUGCAGUUUUCAUCAUAUAUAUAUAUUUUUUAAUUUAUUCUUAAAUAAUGCCUAUAAAAUAAAUCUACUGAAAAGUUGUGGAUUGAAAUAUACGGCCUUUCAAAGAUAUCUUAGUUGAUGCUGUAACCUUGAUUGCUGGGUUAUAUUACUUUAUUUGCAACCAGUUAUGCUUGAUCAAAAUAUAAAUUGUUAUUUAUUUUCUUGGCAUUAGAAUCCAGAAUUAAAGGUAAUAUUUUUUUCUUCAUCCCUAGCACAUGUUAUACAGUUAAAAAAAAUUUAUUUAUUUCAAAUACAAAAUAUUUUAUUAGAAAGAAGAAAGUUUAUAUUGUAUUUAUGUAAAUUUGAUUUAUGAAAUAUUUAAAGUAGAAUAGAUUGCUUCAUAAAAUCAAUUUCUUGUUCUUCAAUCUAAACAUUUUCCACACUUUCACUAUUUUAUAAAUCUCAUAUUUAUGUAAACAAAAAUAUUUCCCUGAUGAUGUAAAAUAUUGCUCAUCAUAAAUUUUUUUAAACACAUUUGAAUGUUUUUGGGACUUAAGUUUAACCACAUUUUUUAAAACGGACACAGAACAUCACUCACAAAACUGAAAAAUCAAAAUUAGUAAAUUGUUAUUUACUUUUUUUUUUUUUAAGAUUUCACAAACUGUAUAUACCUAAGUUAUUAAACUAAAUAAUGAAAUAUGCAAUUAUUUUUCCUGCCUUGUUCCUCAAUACAGUCAAACCUCAUUAACGUGAAAUCGCUUAACGUGAAUUAUUCAGUCCCGUCGAUGACCGAUUCGAGAGGGGGGUGUUGAAGUUUAUUUUACCGACCGUCAUAUAUAUAUGCACUCAUACAAUUUGUAUUUGACUAGAGCUUGAUAAUCGGAGGUAAAACAAUAUCAAUAAAAGAGUUCAAAUGCGCCACAUAACUUGACCUUCUAAAAUUAAUUUUGAAAUCAUUUCGACUAGUUAUAAAUAAAAUGUUAUUCAUCGAAAUAAUUUUUACAGCACUUAGAAAUGCAACUGCCAUAGGAGAUAAAUGUGGUAUUAUUGAUAAUUAAAUGGUACCUAUAAUUAUUCAAAAUAAUGAAAAGGAAAUAUAGUUUUUACAUUUCUAUAGCUAACUAAAAAUUAAGGUCACGAAAUUUUUUUUAAAUUUAAGAAUGUGUCGUGGAAUAAAUAAUAAAAAAGAAAUGUUUUUCGAUAUUUCAGCUUGUAUUAUCGGUCAUCAAGCUUCGAAUUAUCAUAAAUGGUUACUCUUGGAGGGGGUGGGAGAAGAAAACUCAUAUUUUGCAGCAAGAUUUGCCGAGUCGGGUCCGUGAUGAAAUCGCAACAUUGGUGAAAUACUGACAUUGUUUAAAUCCAUUUAUAUCAAGCUUACAGCACAGAGACAAGGCCUCGAGAUCUAGGCUGGUUUGAGAAUAUGAUUGGACCUAUGAAUAUAAAUACACCUUAAGCUGUUUUUAUCUUCUUCUCACAACGUAAUCUAACAAUUGUAAUCUGUUCGCCUUGGACAACUAAUACUAAAAAAAAAAGCCAACUCGAAUUUGCCGACUGGGUGAAAUCACUGUGGAAGGGGGGUGAGACCGAAGCCGGAUUUACGUAUAAGCUAAAUAAGCUGUAGCUUAAGGCCCCGAGAUGACAUGGGCCCCCAGAUAUUUAUAACUAAACAAUUUUUUAGUUUAAAAGGUAAAAAAAAAAUUUUUGCCCCAUGAUUCGAUGAUCAGACUAUUUAAUAUAUGUUUCUGAGCAUCAGAAUUCCCUUUUAUUUUACUUUAAAAUUGUACAAAUGAUAUAUUUAAUGCUUUCAUGUGAUAUGCAGCAGUUUUAAACAGCACUUUAAAAUAUCUAAAAAAGGACAGAAAUUGUCAGUU